CCCUAUGAGGCGUAACAGUAGGUUUCUGGUCUGGGGUUUCUUUAUCGUGGAUUUUGAUGAUUUUGUUCUACAAUUUCGGUGCAUCUGCCCGUUGCCAUGCGAGGCACUAGAUAGGAUACAUUCACCUAACUUAGUUACGGAAAAUUUUAAAGGAAAGAAUAAUGUGGAGACGAAAAAGAAGGUGAUAAGGUAUUCGGUUGGAAUGAGGAAGGGUGUGGCCUUUAGCUGAAAUCUGCAUAAAACGGAACCCAUCCUCGGCGACUCCAACUUCGCCCCAUUUGUCGGUCGCCCCUGGGGCGGUGCUUAGUCUCUCCCCGAGCGGAGCAUGCCGGGAGGAGUAGUUCGGAGGUCGGUUGCUAUGGCCUUCUCCACAGCCUCCCGGAGGCCGACCCCGCCCCACGGACUGACGAGCGGCCUGACCAAUGGGGGCAGCGCCUGGGCUGAGGGGGCGGGUUCUCUGCGGAAGGACGCGAAGGUGGCUGUGGCGAAGGCUCAAGCCGUUGGGGCCGCUCAGAGGCAGGUGACAAUGAAAGGCUUAUAUUUUCAACAGAGCUCCACAAAUGAAGAAACAACAUUUGUAUUUCAAGAAAGGGAAAAUUUUCCUGUUACUGAAGAUUACUUUGUGAAACUUCAAGUUAAAGCUUGUGCUCUGAGCCAGAUAAAUACAAAGCUUCUGGCAGAAAUGAAGAUGAAGAAGGAGUUCUUUCCUGUUGGGAGAGAAAUUGCUGGAAUUGUGUUAGAGGUUGGAAGCAAAGUAUCAUUCUUUCAACCAGAUGAUGAAGUAGUCGGAAUUUUGCCCCUGGAUUCUGAAGACCCUGGACUUUGUGAAGUUGUUAGAGUACAUGAGCACUACUUGGUUCAUAAACCAGAAAAGGUUACCUGGACAGAAGCAGCUGGAACUAUUCGGGAUGGAGUACGAGCCUAUACAGCUCUGCAUUAUCUUUCUCAUCUCUCUCCUGGAAAAUCAGUGCUGAUCAUGGAUGGAGCAAGUGCAUUUGGUACAAUAGCUAUUCAGUUAGCACACCAUAGGGGAGCCAAAGUGAUUUCAACAGCAUGCAGCCUUGAAGACAAGCAGUUCCUUGAAAGACUUAGGCCUUCUAUAGGAUUUUUCUUCAUUUGAGGAAACAAGGGGGGAAGUAGGAGGCAAUUCUAGGACUGAGAAUGGAUUAAACAGCCUCUGGUAGAUAAUUACCAUAUUGCAUCAAUACAGAAGAUUCCUGACUUACAAAUAUUUCUACUUAGAUUUUUUGACUUUACAAUGGGUUUCUUGGAGUAUUAAAUGCGUUUUCAGCUCAGGAAUGCAUUAACUAUGGGAUAUAGGCCCACCGUAAAUUAUGAAACAUCUGUAUAUUUUUGUACUUUUUAGCUCUAAAUGCUAUGAAAUAUGAACAUACUCAAGAAACUGCUUAUUGCUUCUCGGCCUUUUGGCUAAGAUCAAGUGUAUUAUCUGUUCUUAUCAGUUUAAUAUCUAUACAUCCUCUAUCUGAGGACAAUUUAUUAAAUGGAUUUUUGGAGCGGGGAGCUGCAAUAGGAGCUUGCUCUGUCCACUCUACAUCAACCUGGUAUUGCAGUACCUCCAGGAAUGGUGCACCAGAAAAAAAAGAAUGAAAGAAACUGCUUAAUCUUCCAAUUCAUGUCUUAAUAUAUAUGUACCCGUGUUUUCAGGUUCUCAGUUCUCACUACAUAUCCUGUAGGUACAGAGAAUACUCCCCUGUGUCAAAAGAUCAGCCUUGGAUCACUUUAUCCACAAAAUGUUCAUAUUUUUAUUUUAUUGAAUUUACUAGUCCCUUUGUUUAGAUUGAUGCUUACCAAUACCGGGUUAGAUGAGAAAAAGUAUCAUUUGAAUUGACUUUUUCCUCUUUAAAAUCAGUACUUCUUUGAAUUGCUUAACUUGCUUAAUAAAUAUUUAUUAAUAAAUAUUUUGCUUAAUAAAUAUUUCAGAGAAUAUUUAUUUGGUUUUCUUUUUCUUUUUUCUUGAUUUUUUUUAUAUCAAUCACAUAGAGAACAACACAGCUGCCUUAUUUCUUGUCC